CGGACGUGCCUGGCUCCGGAGGGACCUCGCAGAAGGCAAUCCAAGCUCUUUUCCUCUCACUCACAAGCAUCGCUAUCCCUGGACUGUGCUUCUCCAGCGAACGCUGUGUUCCUCACUCCCUCCCCACUGCUCUCACGGUGCCAGCACCUCCGAGGAGCAGCACCAACAUCUCCGGGUGUGUGUCAGAUACUCCUCCGCUUCAGAGUGCAGGGCAGUAGAGACGGCAGGAGGCUGAGCUGCUGCAUCUGAGCUACUCAAGCUGCUAUCAAGAAGCCAAUAAAUACCACCGCAAAAAGUUGGACACCGUUUUUUCUCGUGCUCGUGCUCCCUCAGGGAGUUAAGCCUUGCUGGAAUUGUCCCACCGCUUUGGGGAGGCGAAGUGAAGCAGCACUGUGGGACCCUGUGGGACAAGACCAGGCUGCCCAGGAAGUUCUGGGGGCAGAGUGGAACUCCUCGCCGAGAGAGACACCUCACUCCAGCAUGGCUGAAGGUCCCAGGAGCUGGAGAGACUUCUCCCCUGCCAGGAGUGAUGGUGAGGUGGCCAGGGGAGCCACAGCAAGCCUCCGGGGAGCAGCAGAUACAGAGAGCACUGGGCGAGCACAGCGCUUGGGCCUCCGCAGCGUGGAUCCAGCUUGGGAGGAGAUGAGAGGGGCAGUGGCCGUGGCGGAGGUGGAGGAGCAGUUCCUGCACUUGGCCAUCAGAAAGCAGGUCUCCUACAGGAAAGCUAUUGCCAAAUCCAGUCUCCAGCACAUGGUAGCCCAGCCGAACCCGGCACUAGCCAUGAGGAGUGACUCGGAGAGGCAGAUACGCAGCACUGUGGAUUGGAGCGAGGCUGCGGUCUAUGGGGAGCACAUCUGGUUUGAGACCAAUGUCUCUGGGGACUUCUGCUACGUUGGGGAACAGAACUGCAUGGCAAAGCUUCUGCAAAAGCCUCUCUCCAGGCGUAAAUGUGCAGCCUGCAAGAUUGUAGUGCAUACACCCUGCAUUGAACAGCUGGAGAAAAUAAAUUUCCGCUGCAAACCUUCCUUCAGGGAGUCAGGAUCCCGGAACAUACGGGAGCCCAUUGUUGUCCGACAUCACUGGGUGCACCGGAGGCGGCAGGAAGGGAAAUGCCGGCAGUGUGGCAAGGGUUUUCAGCAGAAGUUUGCCUUCCACAGCAAAGAGAUUGUAGCCAUCAGCUGUUCAUGGUGCAAACAAGCGUAUCACAGCAAAGUGUCAUGUUUCAUGCUGCAACACAUUGAAGAGCCCUGCUCACUGGGGGCUCACGCUGCUGUUGUCGUUCCUCCCACCUGGAUUCUGCGAGUCCGGCGACCCCAGAAUCCUCUGAAAUCUAGUAAGAAGAAGAAGAGGACAUCAUUCAAGCGGAAAUCCAGCAAAAAGGGGGCCGAGGAAGGGAGGUGGAAACCCUUUGUCAUCAAGCCCAUGCCAGCUCCUCUCAUGAAGCCCUUGCUGGUGUUUGUGAACCCCAAGAGCGGUGGGAAUCAGGGAGCCAAGAUUAUCCAAUCCUUCAUGUGGUAUCUCAACCCACGGCAAGUUUUUGACCUCAGCCAGGGUGGACCCAAGGAGGCGCUGGAGCUCUACCGCAAAGUCCACAACCUCCGAAUCCUGGCAUGCGGGGGAGACGGCACGGUGGGCUGGAUACUCUCCAUUCUGGACCAGUUACGCAUCAACCCACCUCCUCCUGUCGCCAUCCUACCUUUGGGGACAGGGAAUGACUUGGCCAGAACGCUGAACUGGGGUGGGGGCUACACAGAUGAGCCUGUGUCCAAGAUCCUUUCCCAUGUAGAAGAUGGGAACAUAGUGCAGCUUGAUCGGUGGAACCUCCGUGUGGAGCCAAACCCUGACACAAACCCUGAGGAAAAGGAUGAGGCUGCUGCUGACAAGCUGCCUUUGGAUGUCUUUAAUAACUACUUCAGCCUUGGCUUUGAUGCACGGGUGACGCUGGAGUUCCACGAAUCCCGAGAGGCCAACCCAGAGAAGUUCAACAGCCGGUUUCGGAAUAAAAUGUUCUAUGCUGGGACGGCCUUCUCUGACUUCCUCACGGGGAGCUCCAAAGACUUGGCAAAGCAUGUCAGGCUGGUUUGUGAUGGGACAGACCUGACCUCCAAGAUUCAGGACCUGAAGCCCCAGUGCCUGGUCUUCCUUAACAUCCCAAGGUACUGUGCAGGUACCAUGCCUUGGGGCAACCCUGGGGAGCACCAUGACUUUGAGCCCCAGCGCCAUGAUGACGGCUGCAUUGAAGUUAUCGGCUUCACCAUGACAUCACUGGCUGCCUUGCAGGUCGGUGGCCAUGGGGAGCGGCUCUGUCAGUGUCGGCAGGUGGUUCUCACCACGUCCAAGGCCAUCCCCAUGCAGGUGGAUGGAGAGCCCUGCAAGCUGGCACCUUCCUGCAUCCACAUCUCUCUGCGCAACCAAGCCAACAUGGUGCAGAAGACCAAGCGGCGCAACUCCAUGCCUCUGCUCAAUGACCAGCAGCCAGUGCCUGAGCGGCUGCGGAUCCGGGUGAGCCGAAUCAGCAUGCGUGACUAUGAGGCACUGAACUAUGACAAGGAAAAGCUCAAGGAAGCCUCUGUGCCACUGGGGAUCAUCGUGGUUCCAGGAGACAGUGACCUGGAGUUGUGCCGGACCCAGAUUGAGAAGCUGCAGGAGGAGGGAGAUGGAGCCAAGCCGAAGACACUGUCAUUCCAGAAGCUGUCACCCAAGUGGUGCUUCCUGGACUCAACCACGGCCGAUCGGUUCUACAGGAUAGACCGUGCACAGGAACACCUCAACUAUGUGACAGAGAUCUCUCAGGAUGAACUCUAUGUGCUGGACCCAGAGCUAGUGGUCACUCAGACUGUGAGCACUUCUCCUGCCAUGCCUGACCUCGUGGAUUCAUCUGCCACACCCCCUGGGCACCAUUUUGCAUUUCCCUCCUCUUCCUCCUCUCCACCCUCCUCUCCUGCCCCCAGCGCUGAGCCUGAGCACUGCCUCACACAUAAAGAUGACCUUCUGAUAGAAGCUGCCAAGAGUGGCAACUUCAGCAAGUUCCAAGAGCUGCACCGAGCUGGAAGAGACCUGAUGGUGCGAGACUCCUCUGGCCAGACCGUCCUCCACCAUGCUGUCAAAUCGGGAAGCAAGGACAUCGUCAAAUACAUCAUUGAGAAUGCUCCUUCAGAAAUCCUUGAUGCCACAGAGGAGGAGAACGGUGAAACCAGCUUGCACCAGGCUGCAGCCUUACGCCAGCGCACUAUCUGCCACUACAUCGUGGAGGCCGGGGCCUCGCUCAUGAAGACAGACCUGCAGGGAGACACCCCAAAGCACCGUGCUGAGAAAGCCAAUGACCCCGACUUAGCUGCCUACCUCGAGAACCGACAGCACUACCAGAUGAUCCAGCGGGAGGACCAGGAGACAGCUGUGUAGUGCUUGGCGUGCCUUAGGCCAAGCCAGCUCAUGCAGGAUGAGAAGAGGACAAUGCCAACUGGCAGAGCUGUAUCUGGCCCAACCCUCCCCAGAUGCCAACCUGGUCCCUGGAGAUGGAUACAGAAGAGUUCUGCCCCAGGCUGGGCUGGGAGUCUGUUUAUGAGGACAAGAUAUUUCAGACUUGAAGCCUGAUUCUUGUGUGUCCACCCCUUCACCUCUCAUUCACCACAUUCCCUGCCCUAAGUGGGCUCUUAACCCCCAGCCAUGUUGGAGCAGACCAGGCUGAAGCCCCCAGUCACCCUUGUUCAUGGCAGUAAUGCCAGUGCCUCCUUCAUAGGCUCCUACUUAUAAUCCUUGUGGGAUGUCAUUGCUCAGCCCCUCUCUCUGCUGGCAGUGCCCUCUUUUAUGUGCUUGCAUAGGUUUGUGUCCUGUUCCUCCUCUCCUGUCUGGCACAUCUGUGGGAGGCACUGGCUGCAUCCACAGACUGCAGAGGCUGUAAGCCGCAGACUUCGCCCUAAAGGAAGCACCACAACUUACUGGCCCUG